GAACCUGCGCAGACUCAGCAAAGUCUGCCUCUCGUGAACGCACCCAUAGUCCUAGCUGAAUAUGCGCCUCUCUUUCUCCAAAGUCGCUGGGUGCGUUCAUGAAGAUCAUUAUGCGCAGAAUCUGACCAAUUCAUGGAAGAUCAUUUGGCUAAACUGGUCAGAUUCUGCAGAGAAUGAUCUCCGUGAACACGCCCUCUUAUUUCUGUAAUGAAAUGGGGCGUCACUGGCAGUGGGCGUGCCUGGUUGGAACCGUCACGUAUUAUUGGCUGCAGAAACACUCGAAACCCAGCUUGCGAAACUGAUUGGCUGACCUCCCUGUGGAAAGAAGGGCGGGAUCGCGAUGACCUGCUGUGGAUCCGAAAUGGCGCCAGUUUCGUCUCUCUGCUUUGUGGUCGAAGAGUUUGUAUUCUGAAGCUGCUGCUCGUAAUGUGAGAGCGUGGGUCAUUGUCCGUGGCAGUGGACACGACUAACACGCACACUGACGGUUUAGAUUUGAAAAGGAAGUCUGGAGACCGACGAAAGAAAACUACAACUUACGCAGACUGCAGAGAGAGAGUGAGAACGGAUCAGCCUCACUCAAAGGAAGUUUCUGAGAUGGAAGCAGCUCACAUCAGCCCAGAGCUUCCUAUGCGAUGGGUUGUUUCUGCAGACAGGACUGUUGAGAUCAAGGAGGAAGUGACUGAGCUGGGGUGUGACCAGGCCAAUGAGCGGAUCCUGCAGGAGGAAACGCCACCUUCUAGCAUCACUGAGAGAGGUACACUGACAGAGACCAGGCUGAAACUCAAAAUGGCCCAAAGAAGACGGAUGACCACUCAAGAAAGGAUUGAUAUGCUUACCGCUUUGUCCGAAAAUGAUUCUGAUGCAGGGAAUGUGAGUGAUUACGACAGCGAUGAAUCCUGGAUUUGUGAUACAGUCAGUUCCACCAGUGAAAGCGAGGAAGGUGCCACUGAAGUGCCACGAUCACACAGAGGGCUCCCCAGGGGCAGAAGAGGUUGUGGCAGAAGCAGCAGUCUUGGGGAAUCCUCUGCAGUGCCAGCCGCUUUGCCUGUAUCGUCUCCUGCAGCAGCUGCAGGCAUGCCAGCCAUGCCAACCGCUUCACCUGCAGCAGUACCAAGGACAGCGACUCCAGCUGCAUCGCCAGCACGAACGGGCAUUCAGGAGACUGGGAAAGAUGGCACUGUUUGGGAAAUUAUAAGUCCCGGUGUUGAUGCUGUGGGAAGACGGGCUGCACAAAAUGUUUUGACUGAAACGUCAGGUCCCACGCCGUACGCAAAACGCAACAUCAAUAGCAUUCUCAGCGCUUUUCAUUUAUUGAUUGAUAUGCGAAUGCUACACCACAUUCAACGCUGUACUGUAGCAGAGGCACAUAGGAUACAAAAUGAUGUUUCCUGGGCAAUGUCGUUGGAGGAAUUAGAAGCGUUUAUUGCAAUCCUGUAUGUUCGAGGAGCGUAUGGUGGUAAAAGCCUUUACCUGGAGAGCCUUUGGUCUACACAGUGGGGAAUUACUUUUUUUAUAGAGACAAUGUCACAGAAUCGUUUUCGAGAAAUCAUGAGGUUUUUGCGUUUUGAUUUUAGAGCAACGAGAAGGGCCCGCCUUCAGACAGAUAAAUUUGCCCUGGCAUCAGAAAUUUGGAACGGCUUCAUUGAAAACAGCAUUGCCUGUUACAAGCCCGGAGAGAACCUUACAGUGGAUGAGCAGCUGUUUUCCACAAAAGCACGGUGUCGCUGGACACAAUACAUGCCAAACAAAUCUGAUAAAUUUGGGAUCAAGUUUUGGUUGGCAGUGGACGUGGAGUCCAAAUAUGUGGUGAAUGGUUACCCCUACCUGGGCAAAGAUGAAACUUGCCCAGCUGGUCAGAGACUGGGUGACAAUGUGGUACUUAGGCUGAUGGAACCGUACUUAGGAAAAGGGAGGAAUGUUACCACUAACAAUUUUUUUACUUCACUGGAAUUGGCAAAAAAGUUGAAGAAUAAGAAAACCAGCCUGGUUGGAACAGUGAACAAAGCAGGAAGAGAGCUUCCACCAUCUGCGCAAAACUUGCAACCACAGCUGUACUCCAGUACAAUUUUGAAACACAAUGACUGUGCUACGCUAACUGUUUACAAGUGCAAGCCGAGAAAGAAUGUCAUUAUUCUCAGCUCCCGUCAUACGUCAGUUGCCAUCGGGACUGUUGACAAGAAAAAACCAGAGACCGUGGAUUUCUACAAUGACACAAAGCACGGGGUGGACGUUUUAGACCAGAUGGCACGUCAGUACUCUGUGAAAGCUGGUUCUCGACGCUGGCCAGUUGCUGUGUUUUACAAUGUGCUGGACCUGGCAGCCAUCAAUUCCUUCGUUUUGUACAAGGAAUGCACCGGAGAAAAUAUCAGUAGGAGAGAUUUCAUCUUGAAGCUAGCCACAGAGCUUCGGCAGAAACAUUUCGAUCAGAAAACUGCAAAGCAGCCGGGAAACGCAGCUCAGUCUGGAUUCAGUGCUGCACCCAGCGACACACGCAAGAGAAAGCAAUGCAAGGUAGCUAAAUGCAAUAAAAAUAAAACUUCUGAUAUCUGUGCCCAGUGUGAACGAGCAGUAUGUGGUAAAUGCACAGGAAAAGUUGAGAAGCGUUACAUCUGUGUGGAUUGUGCUACUUAGGGGGCUACUUUGAAGUCCAUUUCCCUGAAAGCACAUUCAUGUUACAUAAUGGGAGUUGAGAUCUUUUUAAUGCUAUUUUGUAUGUACAUAUACCUGUUUAAACACUAGUUUCUUUUGAAAUGUUUAUUUUAUUAUAGUUUCUCAUUUUUUGAAGUAGUGCUUUGUGUGGUAAGUUAGAAAAUAAACCCUUUGUUUAAUUGUUCAUUUAAAUAAGUGUUUUGGCUGUGCAGAUGUUUGAUAUGACGUGCUUGAAUAAAACAUUUGAGUCGUAUCUGAUAGUUUGUCUUUCAUUUUAAUAUUGAGGUUGUUUAAAAUGUAACCGUCAUAAUGACUGCCGGUGGCAGUUCUAGGUAUGAGUAUAACUGCAGUGUUAAUGUUUCUACAGAGUUCUACGUUAAAUUAAUUUUAUUUGAGUAGCUCUACUAAAAACACUCAGAAGAGCAACUGUAAGCAAGAUGGCUACUGAUGAUUUCAAUUCUGUGAGGCAGGUAGAUGUGCAACGGGGUAUUAAUAUAUUUUGGGGGGGUCCUAGUUUUACAGAAAUUGAACCCCAAAGAUAACGGUCUGACAUCCCUGCUGCCUGACAUCAUUGCUAGGCAGAGUGACUUGCGACCGUUCCAUUGCACUGAAUAGGGAGACAUGGAAUAUAUAGCUCAGCACACACGGGUCACAUCUGUGUUUCUGUCUGGAUUAAAACUGCUAAUCAGUGAUGAUGUGUUUUUUUGUGUUUGUGCUUUCAACACUGGGGAAACUAAUAAUCAUUUUUUAAUUCGGGAAAUAAGAUUUUCAUUUUCCCCCCUCACUUUUUUUGUUAUGGUACGGUCGGGAGUUCAAUGAUACCGUUCCAUUGCAUAAACAAUUCUAUGUUUCUGUCUGUAUUAAAACUGAGAACUUCU